AUGUUCGCCGCCCGCCGUGCCACCCGCAGCGUCAUCCCCACCCUCCGCGCCUUCCAGGCUUCGCGCGGCUACGCUGCCACCGCCGAUGUCACCUCUGCCUACGCUGGCAAGAAGGACGCCAACGGCAACUACACCGUUACUCUGAUCCCCGGUGACGGUAUCGGCCCCGAGAUCUCUGAGGCUGUCAAGAAGAUCUACACUGCUGCUGGCGCUCCCAUCGUUUGGGAGGAGGUUGACGUUACCCCCAUCCUCAAGGACGGCAAGACCACCCUUCCCGCUGACGCCGUCGCUUCCGUCAAGAAGAACACCGUCGCCCUCAAGGGUCCCCUCGCUACCCCUAUCGGCAAGGGCCACGUCUCGAUGAACCUCACCCUUCGUCGUGCUUUCCACCUCUUCGCCAACGUCCGUCCCUGUGUCUCCAUCAAGGGCUACAAGACCCUCUACGACGACGUUAACACCGUCCUGAUCCGUGAGAACACCGAGGGAGAGUACUCUGGUAUCGAGCACGUUAUCGUCGACGGUGUCGUUCAGUCGAUCAAGCUCAUCACCUACGAGGCUUCCGAGCGUGUUGCCCGCUACGCCUUCCACUACGCCCAGGAGUCUGGCCGUAACAAGGUUCUCGCCGUCCACAAGGCCAACAUCAUGAAGAUGUCCGACGGCAUGUUCCUCACUGCGUGCCGCGCCGUCGCCAAGGAGUACCCCAACGUCCAGUACAACGAGGACCUCCUUGACCGUGUCUGUCUCCGCAUCACCCAGGACCCCGCUCCCUUCUCGCAGGAGGUCAUGGUCAUGCCCAACCUCUACGGUGACAUUCUCUCCGACCUUUCCGCUGGUCUCAUCGGUGGUCUCGGUCUCACCCCCUCCGGAAACAUUGGCAAGGACGCCUCCAUCUUCGAGGCUGUCCACGGCUCCGCCCCCGACAUUGCCGGCAAGGGCCUCGCCAACCCCACCGCUCUCCUCCUCUCCUCGCUCAUGAUGCUCCGCCACAUGGGCCUCAACGACUACGCCAACAAGAUCGAGACUGCCGCUCUCUCGACCAUUGCUGAGGGCAAGACCGUCACCCGUGACCUCGGCGGUAACGCUUCCACUCAGCAGUACACCGACGCCAUCAUUGCCAAGCUCUAA